AUGUUUGAGCUGCUGAAGUUUCUUGUGCAUGACGUCCUCAAGAAGCAAUACGGCUAUACUCUUACCUUAUCACUGGUAGAACCUUCAACAGGGUCGGCAGAUUCUGCAAAUCAAUCAGCGCCGUUGCUUAAGCCAGGCGAUAGAAGUCCUGCAUGGCCACUGUUGCCGUCUCAGACCUGGGCUUUGCUCAAAAGUUGCGUCGAAUUCCUCAGCUGGCAAGAUGCAAAGUUCUUCAGCAUCGAAUACCUCCAAGCGACGAUCGACAUGCACAAUAUCGAGCUUCAAAACAUUCACCUCAGUGGCAUACCUACGACUCAUACUCUUCCUUUUGAUGCAGUUGCACUCGUUUUCGCUGCCUUCUCCCUGGGUGCCGCACAUGAAGGGCUGUUCGAAAAUGCCCGCUUCUACUUCGAUAUCUCAAUUCGCAUGGUGGAACACCACGCGGACCAGGCGACCCUAGACCUAUGUCUGACAUACCUCAUGCAACACAUGUCUGCACUGCGCAUGGGAACAUCCAAUUACGCUCAAGGUAUAAUCACACGUGCCGUGGAGGUAGCCCACGACCUCCAUCUUCAGCAUGGUCGUCAAGGCGUUCAGGGAUUACAGCUCUACAUGUUGAUUUACAUGGCCGACCAAUACUGCUCAAUGACCUACAAUACCGAGCCACUUAUCCGAAGCGACACGCUAGGAACCAAGGCUUUUGACCCUCUUCAGCAGGCGGAUCCGGAGCUGAGCCGGUUGAUAUCGCUGGUCGUAAUCAACGGAUUUCUCAUCGACCAUUAUUACCGUUUUCCCAGCCCAAGUCCCGAACAAAUCCUCGAGCUCGAAGCGAAAAUCGGCGAGAUCAGCGCCCGAGCGAGCGAUUUCGGUCCGAACCGUGCUGCAGCCACGAGUUUCCGAACAGCAUAUGAACCUCUGGGCCGAGUGCACAUGAUGUGCUGUCGGCUACAACUCCGAGUGCCCGGCCUCUUCGACAAGACUACGUGGCUGUCCUCAAUCUGCAUCUGCGUUCACGCAGCCGAGGGCAUCCUGGCGACAUAUCUAGAGCUCUACAGCUCGCCGCUGCGCGCGUUGGCCAAGCGGAAUAGCCCGCAGAGCAUGCAAGUUGAUAUCGUGCUAGCUCCCGUCACUUCGCGACUCGGGCCCACAUGGCGUCAAGUACAACGUAUUACCAUAUCGAUCCUUGUUGUUAUAUACGCAUAUUGGCACGGCGAGAUGACGGCGGACCAAGCAUCUCGAAACAUCGCUCUGGCGCGACUGCUUCUAGAGUAUCCUCGAUUUCGAUGGCGAGAGAAGCUCGACGAAGUCGUCAAACUGGUAUGGGACGUUUCCCAGCUAGGAGGAUUCCGUCUCUACAACCAUAUGGAGCAGCUCCUACCGGGUGCUGGAGCGCCGUUUUUUCAAGCCGUCUGCGCUGACCCGGCAUCGGGCUCGAUGCAACAUGAUCAGCAUAUCCCUACGUCGAUGGGAGGUCAGCAAGUCUUCGCCCCGAACAACGCCUGGUGUGGACUGUUCAGUGCCAACCCUUUCGACGGUAUGCUCGGCUUCGAUUUGGACUCGUUCACACUUCAGGAACCAGGCAGCUGGACCCUUCCCGAGACGUUAUGGGAGGCCCCCGGAUCUUUGACAUGA